CUUGUUUUGUAUUCUUCCGCCUCAUCCCCAAUAGGAGGGAGGAGUUUGCUCCAGGAAAUCCCUGACACGCCAGCCGGGCAGGGCGACCCGUUCUCCCGACUCUGAAAGUUUCAUUUUAAUCCGCUGGAGCUUCUUCUCCUCCGCCUUUUAUUGGACUUUAUCCGGGUGACCCCUUAUGGCGAUGUGGAAGUGGCUGUAACCCGGUGUUGGGUUGGUGGGGGGUGGAAAGAUGACUCGCUGGGUGCCAACCAAGAAAGAGGAGAAAUACGGAGUGGCACUUUACAACUAUGAUGCCAGAGGACCAGAUGAGUUAAAUAUACAGAUUGGAGAUACAGUUCACGUCCUAGAGACACAUGAAGGCUGGUACAGAGGAUAUGCUUUAAGAAAGAAAUCGAAAAAGGGUAUAUUUCCUGCAAGCUAUAUUCAUCUUAAAGAAGCAAUCGUUGAAGGAAAGGGGCAACAUGAAACGGUGGUUCCUUGUGAGAUUCCUCUUGUUCAAGAGGUCACAAGCACUCUGCGGGAGUGGUCUAUUAUAUGGCGCCAACUUUAUGUUCAAGACAAUCGAGAUAUGUUUAAUUGUGUAAGAAACAUGAUUUAUGAUCUGGUGGAAUGGAGAUCGCAGAUUCUGUCUGGAACACUACCACAGGACGAACUUAAAGAACUCAAGAAGAAAAUCACUGCUAGGAUUGACUAUGGAAACAGAAUUCUCGACUUGGAUUUGGUUGUCCGAGAUGAAGACGGAAAUAUUUUAGAGCCUGAGCAAACCAGCACAAUUAGCCUUUUCAGGGCGCAUGAAAUAGCAUCAAAGCAAGUUGAGGAAAGGAUACGGGUAGAAAAGUCCCAGAAACAGAAUGACAUCAACAGACAAGCCAAGUUUGCUGCCACUCCUUCCUUUGCCUUGUUUGUUAAUUUAAAGAAUGUGGUUUGCAAAAUUGGAGAGGAUGCAGAAGUCCUCAUGUCACUUUAUGACCCUUUGGAAUCCAAAUUUAUCAGCGAGAACUACCUGGUACGCUGGUCAAGUUCUGGCUUGCCCAAGGACAUUGAAAGACUCCACAAUCUACGAGCAGUAUUCACAGAUCUUGGAAGUAAAGACCUGAAAAGAGAGAAGAUAAGCUUUGUUUGUCAGAUUGUGAGAGUGGGACGUAUGGAGCUGCGCGAUAACAACAUAAAAAAGCUCACAUUGGGUCUUAGGAGACCUUUUGGUGUAGCAGUAAUGGAUGUAACUGACAUAAUUACUGGAAAAGUUGAUGAUGAGGACAAACAGCAUUUUAUACCUUUCCAGGCGGUGGCAGGGGAGAAUGAUUUCCUCCAGACCGUAAUAAACAAAGUGAUUGCUGCUAAGGAAGUUAACCACAAAGGUCAAGGCUUGUGGGUCACAAUGAAGUUAUUGCCUGGUGACAUUCAUCAGAUUCGAAAAGAAUUUCCUCAUCUUGUGGACAGGUCAACAGCGGUGGCUCGAAAAAUGGGGUUUCCGGAAAUUAUUAUGCCAGGCGAUGUUCGGAAUGAUAUUUAUGUUACACUGCUUCAGGGUGAUUUUGACAGAGGUAACAAGACAACAGCAAAAAAUGUAGAAGUUACUGUGUCAGUCUUUGAUGAAGAUGGAAAAAGGUUGGAGAAUGUUAUUUACCCUGGGGCAGGAGAUGAAGCAAUUUCGGAGUACAAGUCAGUUAUAUAUUACCAAGUAAAACAACCACGUUGGUAUGAGACCAUAAAGGUUGCAAUUCCUAUAGAGGAUGUGAACCGUAGCCAUUUAAAGUUCACAUUUCGUCACCGAUCAUCCCAGGACUCGAAAGAUAAGUCCGAGAAGAUAUUUGCUGUAGCAUUUGUAAAACUGAUGAGAUACGACGGAACAACGUUAAGAGACGGAGAGCACGAUCUCAUAGUUUACAAGGCAGAGACAAAGAAGCUUGAAGAUGUGGCAACGUACCUUUCCCUUCCAGCGACCAAAAUAGAGUUAGAAGAAAAAGGACACUCGGUAACGGGAAAAACCUUGCAGAACCUGGGCAGUUGUACAAUUAGCAAAGAUUCUUUUGAAAUAUCCACUCUGGUCUGCUCUACCAAACUCACUCAGAAUGUGGAUUUGCUAGGUCUCUUGAAAUGGCGUUCAAACACCAACAUGCUUCAGCAGAAUUUGUGCCAAUUGAUGAAAGUAGACGGAGGAGAAGUUGUGAAGUUUUUGCAGGAUACACUGGAUGCACUUUUUAACAUCAUAAUGGAAAAUUCUGAAAGUGAAACAUUUGAUAGAUUGGUGUUCGAUGCACUGGUUUUCAUCAUUGGACUGAUUGCUGACCGGAAGUUUCAACACUUCAAUCCUGUCUUGGAGACUUACAUAAAGAAGCAUUUUAGCGCAACGUUGGCAUACACAAAACUGACAAAGGUAUUAAAAAACUAUGUUGAAAACGCCAAUAUGCCUGGUAUUGCUGAUCAGCUAUUCAAGGCGAUGAAAGCUUUGGAAUAUAUCUUCAAAUUCAUUGUGCGAUCCAGAAUUCUGUUUAUCCAGCUCUAUGAAAAUAAGGGUGAAGCAGAGUUCAUGGAGUCUUUGCUGCAGCUCUUCAAAUCAAUCAAUGUCAUGACUAGUAAUGUGACCGAUGUCACCAACAAAGUUAAGGGAGCUGCGCUAAAAUAUUUGCCAACAAUUGUGAACGAUGUGAAACUUGUGUUUGAUCCAAAAGAACUGAGUAAGCUGUUUACAGAAUUCAUCUUAAAUGUUCCAAGAGACCGACUUGUGAAGCAGAAACUGUACUGCCUUAUUGAGAUUGUACACAGUGACCUUUUUAGUCAGCUUGAAUGUAGAGACAUUCUACUCCCAAUGAUGGCAGACCAGCUCAAGUAUCACUUGGAAGGACAAGAAGAACUAGAAGCCUGCUGUCAACUUCUAAGCAAUAUUCUGGAAGUCCUUUACAGGAAAGAUAUGGGACCAACACAGCGACAUGUUCAAAUAAUCAUGGAAAAACUUUUGAGGACCGUAAACAGAACAGUUAUAUCAAUGGGGCGAGAUUCAGAGCUAAUUGGGAAUUUUGUUGCUUCCAUGACAGCGAUUUUAAGACAAAUGGAAGACUACCAUUAUGGUCAUCUUAUCAAGACUUUUGGCAAAAUGAGGACAGAUGUUGUGGACUUUCUGAUGGAAACAUUCAUUAUGUUUAAAAAUCUCAUCGGGAAGAAUGUAUAUCCUUCUGACUGGGUUAUAAUGAACAUGAUGCAGAAUAAAGUCUUCUUACGAGCAAUCAAACAGUAUGCUGACAUGCUAAACCAAAAAUUCCUUGAUCAAGCCAACUUUGAACUACAGUUGUGGAAUAACUACUUUCACUUGGCUGUGGCUUUUCUUACUCAAGAAUCCUUACAACUGGAGAAUUUUUCAAGUGCCAAAAGAACUAAAAUUCUUAACAAGUAUGGUGAUAUGAGAAGGCAGAUCGGCUUUGAAAUCAGAGACAUGUGGUAUAAUCUAGGGCAACACAAAAUCAAGUUCAUUCCCGAAAUGGUUGGCCCAAUUUUGGAGAUGACCUUGAUCCCUGAAACAGAGCUUCGAAAAGCAACCAUUCCUAUCUUCUUUGACAUGAUGCAGUGUGAGUUCCAUUCAACAAGAAGUUUCCAAAUGUUUGAGAAUGAGAUCAUCACCAAGUUGGACCACGAGGUGGAAGGAGGGAGAGGAGACGAACAGUACAAAGUGUUAUUUGAGAAAAUACUUUUGGAGCACUGCAGAAAGCACAAGUACUUGGCAAAGAGCGGCGAAAACUUUGUCAACCUUGUCGUCCGACUUAUGGAGCGGCUACUUGAUUACAGAACUAUCAUGCAUGACGAAAACAAAGAGAAUCGCAUGAGCUGCACUGUGAAUGUCCUGAAUUUUUACAAAGAGAUUGAGAGAGAAGAAAUGUACAUAAGGUACCUGUACAAACUUUGCGAUCUACAUAAGGAAUGUGAUAACUAUACCGAGGCUGCCUACACUUUGCUUCUGCAUGCCAAGCUUCUGAAGUGGUCAGAGGAAGCAUGCGCAGCACAUCUUACUCAACGGGACGGUUACCAAGCUACAACACAAGGGCAACUGAAAGAACAACUGUAUCAAGAAAUUAUCCAUUACUUUGACAAAGGCAAGAUGUGGGAGGAAGCUAUCACCCUUGGCAAAGAAUUGGCAGAACAAUACGAAAAUGAAAUGUUUGAUUAUGAACAUCUCAGUGAAUUGCUGAAAAAGCAAGCACAAUUUUUUGAAAACAUAGUGAAAGUUAUCCGACCUAAACCUGAUUAUUUCGCCGUCGGAUAUUUUGGACAAGGAUUUCCAACAUUUCUUAGGAACAAAGUGUUCAUUUACAGAGGGAAGGAAUAUGAGCGACGUGAAGAUUUCGAAGCUCGUUUAUUAACACAGUUUCCUAAUGCGGAGAAAAUGAAGACAACAUCUCCACCAGGCGAUGAUAUAAAGAAUUCUUCCGGGCAAUAUAUUCAGUGUUUCACAGUGCGGCCACUGCUGGAUUUUCCUCCGAAAUUUCAAAAUAAGCCUGUAUCGGAACAGAUUUUAAGUUUCUACAGGAUAAAUGAAGUUCUUCGGUUCCAGUACUCACGACCAUUCCGAAAAGGUGAAAAAGAUCCUGACAAUGAAUUUGCUAAUAUGUGGAUUGAGAGGACCACCUUUACAAUCGCUUACAAACUACCUGGAAUUCUGAGAUGGUUUGAAGUGAAAUCGAUUUACACGGUUGAAAUAAGCCCUCUUGAAAAUGCAAUCGAAACAAUGCAGUUAUCAAAUGAAAGCAUUAAUAACAUGGUCCAACAGCACACGAAUGAUCCCAAUUUGCCCAUAAAUCCACUCUCUUUGCUUCUAAAUGGAAUAGUGGAUCCAGCGGUUAUGGGAGGAUUUGCCAAUUAUGAAAAGGCUUUCUUUACCGAGAAAUACAUGCAGGCGCACCCAGAGGACCACGAGAAGAUAGAGAAAGUAAAAGAUUUGAUUGCAUGGCAGAUACCAUUCCUGGCUGAAGGGAUACGAAUUCAUGGAGAAAAAGUGACAGACGCAUUAAGACCUUUUCACGAGAGGAUGGAGGAUUGUUUUAAACAAUUGAAAGAGAAGGUGGAGAAACAGUAUGGUGUCAGGACACUGUCUGCAUCGAUGGAUGAAAGAAGAGGGAGCAGACCCAGAUCAAUGGUUAGAUCAUUUACAAUGCCAUCAUCUUCAAGACCUCUGUCGGUGGUAUCCGUGUCCUCUGUAUCAUCAGACAGCACUCCUUCAAGGCCAGGAUCUGAUGGGUUUGUUCUUGAACCUCUCCUACCAAAGAAGAUGCAUUCUCGGUCUCAAGAUAAAUUGGAUCGAGAUGAUCUAGAUAAGGAGAAAAAGGACAAAAAGAAGGAGAAACGGAACAGCAAGCACCAGGAGAUAUUCGAUAAAGAAUUUAAAGCUACAGAUAUAACAAUUCAACAAUCAGAAGCAGUCAUUCUCUCCGAAACGAUAAGCCCUCUGAGACCUCAGAGACCAAAGAGUCAGGUUCUCAACACUGCUGCAAGUGACAGGCGAUUUUCUGUGUCUCCGAGUCAAGCAACUUCGCAACAACCUCCUCCAAUUACUCCAAGGGCUAAGCUGGUGUUUAGCCUACCAGGUAUGGAAAUGAAUGGCAUGACUUCGACAGAAGCAGUGGAUAUCCCUCCACCUCUGCCAGUCAAAGGAAACAUGGCAGACUACGGAAAUGUCAUGGACUACCAGGAAUUCAUUAACCCUUCUACUCCUCCACCCCCACCCCAGCGGCAUCUUCCACCUCCUCUUCCGAGCAAGACACCCCCACCACCACCUCCAAAGACCACGAGAAAACAGACAUCCAUGGAUACCGGAGGUUUGCACUAAAGGAUCGCACCCUGCGCCAAAUUUAAAGAUGAAAUUGGUUAAAGAUGCAGAGUUUACCUCAUUUGGGCCCAGCAGUGUCUUACAUUGUGUGCAAUCAAUGAACCGAGAUAAAAUAAAAAUGUAAAAAGAAUGCAUUAUGAGCUACUGAGUUAUGGAUACUAAUUUAUGUAGGAUAGUACUAACAAAAUCAUCAGUUACUGAUACAAACAAGACAAGGAAAAGGAAAAAAAAUAACAUAAUGUUGAAAGUUGUUCCAUUACUUAAUGUUUUUCUUUCCUAUAUCGUCCUGUACAGAAAUUUGUAUAUAUGAUUUUUUUCUUUUUUUCUUUAAUUUUAGGUCGUUUUAAUUUUUUAUCUUUCUUGCUUUUAUCUUAACAGAACUUUCCUUCUACUUACACCCACGUGCAUUUUGUGUUAACUGCUUAAAACAUGAAGUUAAUUUUUUUUUUCAACAAUGUUGUACUCUGCCAACUUUAAAAUAUAACCACAUGUAGAUUUCUUUCUUCAAAAAUGAUGGGAUUUCUGCAGCAUUUGUAAGCUCUGCCAGUAUGUUUUAUAAUCACCCUGUAGAUUUUGUUAUAUAUAAAACAGACUAAAAAUAUAAAAAAAAUGUUCAAAAUAAAUGGAGAUGUUAACAUCGUUUUGAAAUGAGGAAAAUGAACUUCAAUAAACUUACAUUAUGUUGAAAA